UGAAAUCCACCAUCGCCACACCUCCAAGCAAGGACUGUCUCGAGCGCUGCCACUUGUCUCAACCACAGGUAUGCGCCUCUCACUCAACUCUGCGAAGACAUUAGUCAACAAAUGCCGAUACUUGGUGCUUUUAUAAAAAAAAAUCCCAUGUGAAUGAAUGGAACAUAUUUUCAAACAAGAUAUCGCUCAAGAGUAUUUGCCGAACAUAGCUGAGAAGUUCACAUUUGAGAAUAACUGAUUUAAAGCCUGACCAUGGCGACAAUUGGAGAUUUCGACCCGCUCAACUCAACGGUACCUGCGACCAAGAUUGAAGUUACCGUUUCGUGCAGGAACCUGCUGAAUAUGGACACUUUCUCCAAAUCAGACCCUGUUGUAGUGUUGUACGUUCAAGGCAUCGGGACAAAGGAGUGGAGAGAGUUUGGCCGAACGGAAGUGAUCGAGAACACGCUGAACCCAGACUUUGUGCGGAAGUUUGUCCUGGAUUUCUUCUUCGAGGAGAAGCAGAAUCUUCGCUUUGACGCGUACAAUGUGGACACCAGAAGUUCAAACAUUUCAAAACAUAAGGACUUCCUGGGCCAGAUGUUCUGCACUCUGGGGGAGAUCAUCGGAUCCACAGGCAGUCGGCUGGAGAGAACCCUCUCUGGGAUCCCAGGGAAAAAGUGUGGGAACAUCAUAUUCACCGCUGAGGAACUGAGUAACUGCAGGGACAUUGCUACCAUGCAGCUGUGUGCCAACAAGCUGGACAAGAAAGACUUCUUCGGCAAGUCAGACCCAUUCCUGGUCUUCUACCGCAGUAAUGAAGACGGAACGUUCACCAUCUGCCAUAAGACGGAGGUGGUAAAGAAUACUCUGAACCCUGUGUGGCAGCCCUUCACCAUCCCUGUACGAGCCCUCUGUAACGGAGACUAUGACAGGACAGUCAAGGUGGACGUGUAUGAUUGGGACAGAGAUGGAAGUCAUGACUUCAUUGGCGAGUUCACCACCAGCUACAGAGAAUUCUCCAGAGGCCAGAGCCAGUUCAACGUCUAUGAGGUUCUAAACCAUAAAAAGAAAGGCAAGAAGAAGAAAUACAUCAAUUCAGGGACAGUCACACUGCUGUCCUUUAAAGUGGAGUCAGAAUACACGUUUGUAGACUUCAUCCGGGGAGGGACGCAACUCAACUUCACAGUGGCCAUCGAUUUCACAGCGUCUAAUGGUAACCCAUCCCAGCCCACCUCUCUGCACUACAUGAGUCCCUACCAGAUGAAUGCCUACGCAAUGGCCCUGAAGGCUGUGGGGGAGAUCAUCCAGGAUUACGACAGUGACAAGAUGUUCCCUGCCUACGGCUUUGGAGCAAAGCUGCCCCCGGAUGGCAAGAUCUCCCAUGUCUUCCCACUGAACUCCAACAGUGAGAACCCAAACUGUGUGGGUAUCGAGGGAGUGUUGGAGGCCUACUUCCAGAGUCUCCGAACUGUUCAGCUCUACGGGCCCACCAACUUUGCUCCUGUCAUUAACCAGGUGGCACGGUGUGCUGAGGAUGUGACUGACGGAUCCCAGUACUUUGUGCUGUUGAUGAUCACAGACGGAGUCAUCUCAGACAUGGUGCAGACCAAGGAGGCUGUGGUCAAUGCUGCCGCUCUGCCCAUGUCUAUCAUCAUAGUGGGAGUGGGUCCUGCUGAGUUUGAUGCGAUGGAGGAACUGGAUGGUGACGAGGUCAGAGUGUCCUCUAAGGGGCGCAUUGCUGAGCGAGACAUAGUCCAGUUUGUGCCUUUCCGGGACUACAUAGACCGCCAGGGCAACCAGGUGCUGAGCAUGGCACGGCUGGCCAAGGACGUGUUGGCAGAAAUCCCUGAGCAGCUGCUGGGUUUCAUGAAGACGAGGGACAUCGAGCCCCGGCCCGCCUCCUCCACCACCACUACCACCCCGCCAGGACUCCACAAGCUGCGCAUCUGAGAGAGGGGUUUGGGUGGGGGUCUUUGGUUUUUGGGUUUAGAGACAUUGUUUGGACCAUUUUCAGUUGCAGCAAAUACCUGAAGAGACACACACUGAAGCCGUUGGAGUACACAUACGCACGCACGCACGCACACACACACACACACAUUGCAGUAGCGAUUUCCUGCCUGGUGAACACCGCCAUGCUGUGAUGUAACAACUGUACAGCUUAACAAGGGUCAAAUGGAGCAUGACCUUUGGAGUGAGAACUGUUGGAACUGCUUCCGUGGUUGCCAACCCCUCACUGACCCCUUAGCUUCUUUUUAUAUGCAGGGGUCAAGGAACAGUCACCGUUAAACGUUGUAAAAAGCAAGGGUUUGUGGGCUUCUCAACAGACAGAAAGAGCGAUCGAUGUUCACCUUUUUUCCUAUGCCUCACUAGCCACGCAUGCAAUGAGUGUUUCAUUCUCACAUCUUUUGUGGUCCAAAACAGAAACAAAUUGGCCACUUGGUUUGCAAUGGCAGUACUUUACUUUGUCCACUAUCUGGCCAAUGUAUAUUUCCAUGUGUAUAAUGACACUGUACAAACAUUGAAGAAAGUGGGACAGACGGUUAAUAUCCAAAACAAGUGAAAGGCACAGGAAGUCUAUUCAUGUUUGGAUUCUUCUCAGGGCAUUUCUGAAAGCUUUUGGAUGAGUUUCGCAAAACAAGGGAGACGGUAACAAGAUGGCGUCUCUGGACGGUUGAGGUCUCAGCCUCGGCAUCUAGAGUCAUUGGGUGUUUCUCAAAAUGCAUACUACCGUGCUCCGAGCACGCAAAUUGGAGCACGGGAGGGUCCGAGUAUGAGUUGAAGUCAAAGUAUGCGAAACGGAGCACAGAGGGCACUUCUGGAAUGUGUACUCCAUUUGUACUUAUUUUGAAGCAUGCAUCAAUGCAAGCUUCAACGGAAAGUAUGCAAAGAAAUAUGAUGCAACCACGUAAAAAAUGACGUAAAAUGUAUUUAAAUCAAUGGUGGCCAUUAUUUGAGCUGAAGCGAGAGAAAAUACACUCCUAUUCAGAAUGAAAUGUUGCUUAUUCACAUCUCAUAUGUUGCCUGACUAUAAUAUUUUAUUUUGAUACGUUUGUCACGUUUUACCAAGGUGGGUGGAAUCAGGCGCAUAGAGCAGGUUUCAGUGAUUUGACAGUUUAUUCUCAGGCGCACAAAAAACGACGGUCAACCCAACACACAGGGUGAAUAAUCCAACACAGGAUCAAAACAGACCGGAGAAUAAAAUACAAGUACUCCACCAAAUGACAUGAACAACCUACUUCAUACAAGGACGCUAAUUACACUAAAAUACACACAGGUGAAACUAAUAAGACAAAACCAACAGACAAACGAAAAAGGGAUCGGUAGUGGCUAGUAGGACGGUGACGACGACCGCCGAGCACCGCCCGAACAGGCAGGAGAGCCAACUUCGGCGGAAGUCGUGACAACGUUAAUAAAUACAGGCGGUGUUCAUUUUGCCAUGUUUAUCUGCCUACAUACCAUAUAUCACAAGCCCAUAAUAGGUCAAUAGGGCUAACUGGCUAGCAACUAGUACUGUUAGCUAGCCAGAUAGCCACAAAUAAUUGUUAGCUAGCAACCCACGAAGAAUAUAUCUCACAUAAUAUUAGUUUUAGAUCAUUUUUGCAUGUUAAAAUAUCUGGUUAGCUACAUAUAUAUAUGCCAUUUCGCAGACGCUUUUAUCCAAAGCGACUUACAGUCAUGUGUGCAUACAUUCUACGUAUGGGUGGUCCCGGGAAUCGAACCCACUACCCUGGCGUUACAAGCGCCAUGCUCUACCAACUGAGCUACAGAACCACAUUAUGCUAGCUGAUAGUUAUGAAGUGAAAAGGUUGCUUUGUGUAUAUCUUGUUUUGUUACUAUUGCCAUUGUUGACCUGACUGGAAGACGGUUCAGUGAAUGUGUAAGUCCAUAGUAAGUCAAUAGGGCUAACUGGCUAGCUAGCAAGCCAUGAAGAAUUGGUAGCUACCAAUGAAAUAUGUACAGUUGAAGUUGGAAGUUUACAUACACCUUAGCCAAAAACAUUUAAACUCAGUUUUUCACAAUUCCUGACAUUUAAUCCUAGCAACAAUGCCAUGUCUUAGGUCAGUUAGGAUCACCACUUUAUUUUAAGAAUGUGAAAUGUCAGAAUAAUAGUAGAGAGAAUUAUUUAUUUCAGGUUUGAUUUAUUUCAUCACAUUCCCAGUGGGUCAGAAGUUUACAUACACUCAAUUACUAUUUGGUAGCAUUGCCUUUAAAUUGUUUAACUUGGGUCAAAUGUUUUGGGUAGCCUUCCACAAGCUUCCCACCAUACGUUGGGUGAAUUUCGGUCCAUUCCUCCUGACAGAGCUGGUGGGACUGAGUCAGUUUUGUAGGCCUCCUUGCUCACACAUGCUUUUUCAGUUCUGCCCACACAUUUUCUAUGGGAUUGAGGUCAGGGCUUUGUGAUGGCCACUCCAAUACCUUGACUUUGUUGUCCUUAAGUUUCUAUACCUAUUUCUAUAGUUUCUAUAUAUUUAUUUAUUUUAUAUAUUUAUACAGUUCUAUUUUUGUUUCAUCAGACCAGAGGACAUUUCUCCAAAAAGUACAAUCUUUGUCCUCAGUUGCAAACCGUAGUCUGUCUUUUUUAUGGCGGUUUUGGAGCUGUGGCUUCUUCCUUGCUGAGCGGCCUUUCAGGUUAUGUCAAUAUAGGACUUGUUUUACUGUGGAUAUAGAUACCUUUCUACCUGUUUCCUCCAGCAUCUUCGCAAGGUCCUUUGCUGUUGUUCUGGGAUUGAUUUGCACUUUUCGCACCAAAGUAUGUUCAUCUCUAGGAGACAGACCGCGUCUCCUUCCUGAGCUGUAUGACAGCUGCGUGGUCCCAUGGUGUUUAUACUUGCGUACUAUUGUUUAUGUGGCAUUUGGAAAUUGCUCCCAAGGAUGAACCAGAUUUGUGGAGGUCUACAAUUUUUUUUCUGAGGUCUUGCAAAGCGAAGAGGCACUGAGUUUGAAGGUAGGCCUUGAAAUACAUCCACAGGUAGACCUCCAAUUGACUCAAAGGAUGUCAUUUAGCCUAUCAGAAGCUUCCAAGCCAUGACAUCAUUUUCUGGAAUUUUCUAAACUGUUUAAAGGCACAGUCAACUUAGUGUAUGUAAACGUCUGAUCCACUGGAAUUGUGAUACAGUGAAUUAUAAGUGAAAUAAUCUGUCUGUAAACAAUUGUUGGAAAAAUUACUUGUGUCAUGCACAAAUUAGAUGUACUAACCGACUUGCCAAAACUAUAGUUUGUUAACAACAAGAAAUUUGUGGAGUGGUUGAAAAACGAGUUUUAAUGACUCCAACGUAAGUGUAUGUAAACUUCCGACUUCAAAUGUACAUCUACCUUGCAUAACAUUAGUUUUAAGUAAUUUCUGCCUGUUUAACUAGCUGGCUAGCUAGAUUAUUACGAUACACAGAUCUAGCUGAUAAUUAGAAAGUAAAACGUUUGCUUUGUGUAUAUCUUGUGUCGUCUAUUGUUGCCAUUGUCCUGGCUGGAAGAAGUUUCAGUGAAUGGGGAGGGGAAUUGUGAGGCAGUACAGUAGAGGGAGUGCGAGUGCUUCUCAAAUGUAUCAUUUUAUGCAUUCUCCACACUCUCGUCCUCAGAAUGAUGUACUCAAGAGAACAAGGUCGGAGAAUGCACUCGGAGCGUGAGAGUGUGCAGCACGGUAGUAUGCAUAUUGAGAAACGCCCAUUGUGUUCAUAUAUCUGUACAUCAUGUCCUUGUUUAAGGACUGGUUCCUCUUGUCCAGGGGGCGAUUGAAAAGUGAUUAUAUUGUUUUAUGCCAGUCCUCACUAUAUGUAUGUAUGUAGUUGGAUAUCUUAGCCACGUUACCUCAUGAUAAAUAUAUUCUCUAUAUUACUGAUAUAUUCCACGUGUUGAAAUGUAUACAUGUUUCAUAUGAUGGCCUGUGAAAGCUCUAUAUUGCAGAUCAGAAAAUAAAUUCAGAGACAGGAUGUGUGAAUAUUUAAAUAACUCAAGGGCCUGCUGGCUGGCAAUGCGUACUCCUGUUGAGAGCGAAGUCUUGAUCUUUCAAAUGACGGGUUGGAAAUGAAAAAUCGUCUUGAGAUGGAAAUAGCUUGAGCGCCCCCCAUUUGUAUUUUUCUACCACCAUACAACUGGUCGUCUGACGUCCAACUGACGUCACUGCACAGGUUCAUUCUGACCCAAACACUGGUCUGAAUAUACCACAGUACCUAGUCACUAUUUUUUUUUUUACUUCUCCUUGAUUUCCUCCUUCCAAAUGUAAACUUUUCCAAGCUUUUAGUCAAUGGUGGCAAAACCUGCUCCGUCUUUCAAACAUGUCAAAGCAUUAGGGUCAACUUUGUGUCACUCCAUUUUUGCUAGAAAGAGGAGAGGAGUGAAAGAGAUUGUGCCUCAGCAUAAGUUGUUCUCAAAAGUGUGGUCCCUUGCCACUAAGCCUGUUUCGAAGGAGUUGCAAUGGGCUGAUUUUUCUCUGCAUAUUUAUGCAUGGUUUCUUUCCGCCACAGCUCUGGUUUCCAAGAUAUGGGUCUAUAUUUUUUCAUUAUUUUGGCUGGGCUCAUAGGAUCUACACAAGUUUAUUUACAAUGCAUGUCAUUGUUUUGUAGGCCUACUUGUCUUCUUAUUAUAUAUUUUUUCUUUGAGAAAUUCCUGACUAUAACGGAUCAUUCAAACGCAGAGAUUUUGUUCACAGUCAAGUCUCUAUUCUGACUUGUUUGAUUUCUCUCUCUUUUACUGCAUACACACGUUCUUCUCUCUUUUCUUUCUUUCUUUCUUUCUUUCUUUCUUUCUUUCUUUCACUCACUCACUCACUCACUCACUCACUCACUCACUCACUCACUCACUCACUCACUCACUCACUCACUCACUCCACCAUAGUGAUAGUUACUACUACUAAAAAGACUGCCAAUAACCUUCUGACAGCUUUCUGGGGAUGUGCCAAAAACAGACAUGGCUUCUCUUGCACAAUUUUGAUUUCCCUGUAAGUAAAUUGCACAACAACAGUUAGUCGAUGUCGUGCCAAAUGCCGUUGUUCCUUUUUCCUACAGCACUUAAGGAGAAUUUUGGACUUAAACCGUAUUGAGAAGUGGCCCUUAGAUACCCUGGGAAGAGAUGAACCAUUAGGGAAACAUUUGUCACCAAACUUUGGGGGAAUGAUCAAGCAUUUAGGACAUUGUAAGAGUAGGUCAACAGGGGCUAUAGAAUAAGAUGGACAAUGGUAUGAAGGGUUGUCUUAUGAUUUAUGGCAUAGGGAUAUGGAUAUGUGGCCUUAAUUCUGUCAUAAUCCCACAAGUCUGAGUUAGGCAGGAUUCUAUUUUUAUUUGAUUCAAUGCAAGUCAUAAUUCCAUUAUUUUGAACGCUAACCUGAUUAGUCAACACAUUUCUGAUGGUUGUGGUCAUCGAGAAUAACCGUUAUUCACAUUUUAAAUUGACUAAAACAUUCAUAAAUAUUUGAUGAGUGUUCUAUGCUGGGUUGGUUUCGUAUGAGAUCGGAUUUUGUAUUGAAUUCUGUCAAUAUUCUUUAUUGUACACUGUAUAGUAAACAGGAACUGCCAAAACGGCUUAGGAAGGCCACCAAAAAUUAAGAAAUUUCCAUCCCCAACUACAACAUUCUCCGCCAAGAUAGAACUGCCAAAGGGGGUGGAGUUGCAAUCUACUGCAGAGACAGCCUGCAGAGUUCUGUCACGCUAUACAGGUCUGUGCCCAAACAGUUUGAGCUUCUACUUUUAAAAAGCCACCUUUCCAGAAAUAAGUCUCUCACUGUUGCCGUUUGUUACAGACCCCCCUCAGCUCCCAUCUGUGCCCUGGACAUCAUAUGUGAAUUAAUUGCCCCCCGUUUAUCUUCAGGGUUUGCACUGUUGGGUGACCUAAACUGGGACAUGCUUAACACCCCGGCCGUCCUACAAUCUAUGCUAGAUGCCCUCAAUCUCUCCCAAAUUUUCAUGGAACCUACCAGGUACAACCCCAAAUCCGUAAACACGGGCACCCUCAUAGAUAUCAUCCUGACCAACCUGCCCUUUAAAUACACAUCUGCUGUCUACAACCAGGAUCUCAAAUGACCACCCAUCAUCACUGUCAAACGCUCCCCAAAACACUUCAGCGAGCAGGCCUUUCUAAUCGACCUGGCCCCGGUAUCCUGGAAGGAUAUUGACCUCAUUCCGUCAGUAGAGGAUGCCUGGUUAUUAUUUAAAAGUGCUUUCCUCACCAUUUUAAAUAAGCAUGCCCCAUUCAAUUUUUUUAAACCAGGAACAGAUAUAGCCCUUGGUUCACUCAAUACCUGACUGCCCUUGACCAGCACAAAAACAUCCUGUGGCGUUCUGCAUUAGCAUCAAAUAGCCUCCGCGAUAUGCAACUUUUCAGGGAAGUUUGGAACCAAUAUACACAGGCAGUUAGGAAAGCAAAGACUAGCUUAUUCAAACAGAAAUUUGCCGAAAUUAGCACAAACUACAAAAAGUUCUGGGACACUUUAAAGUCCAUGGAGAAUAAGAGCACCUCCUCCCAGCUGCCCACUGCUCUGAGGCUAGGAAAUACUGUCACCACCGAUAAAUCUACGAUAAUUGAGAAUUUCAAUAAGCAUUUCUCUACGGCUGGCCAUGCUUUCCACUUGGCUACCCCUACCCCGGUCAACAGCUCUGCACCCCCCACAGCAACUUGCCCAAGCCUCCCCCAUUUCUCCUUCACCCAAAUCCAGAUAGCUGAUGUUCUGAAAGAGCUGCAAAAUCUGGACCCCUACAAAUCAGCUGGGAUAGACAAUCUGGACCCUCUCUAAAAUGAUCCGCCGCAAUUGUUGCAACCCCUAUUACCAGCCUGUUCAACCUCUCUUUUGUAUCGUCUGAUAUUCUGAAAGAUUGGAAAGCUGCCGCGGUCAUCCCCCUCUUUAAAGGGGGUGACACCCUAGACCAAAACUGUUACAGACCCAUAUCUAUCCUACCCUGCAUUUCUAAGGUCUUCAAAAGCCAAGUUAACAAAAAGAGCUAUGCAUUCUGGUUUCUGAGCUGGUCAUGGGUGUACCUCAGCCACGCUCAAGGUCCUAAACGACAUCAUAACUGCCAUCUAUAAAAGACAAUAUUGUGCAGCCGUAUUCAUCGACCUGGCCAAGGCUUUUGACUCUGUCAAUCACAGCAUUCUUAUCGGCAGACUCAACAGCCUUGGUUUCUCGAAUGACUGCCUCGCCUGGUUCACCAAAUACUUCUCAGACAGAGUUCAGUGUGCCAAAUCGGAGGGCCUGUUGUCCGGACCUCUGGCAGUCUCUAUGGGGGUUCCACAGGGUUCAAUUCUCUGGCCGACUAUUUUCUCUGUAUACGUCAAUGAUGCCGCUCUUGUCGCUGGUGAUUCUCUGAUCCACCUCUAUUCAGAUGACACCAUUUUGUAUAUAUCUGGCCCUUCUUUGGACACUGUGUUAACUACCCUCCAGACGAGCUUCAAUGCCACACAACUCUCGUUCCGUGGCCUCCAACUGCUCUUAAAUGCAAGUAAAACUAAAUGCAUGCUCUUCAACCGAUCGCUGCCCGCACCUGCCCACCCGUCUAGCAUCACUACUCUGGACGGUUCUGACUUAGAAUAUGUGGACAACUACAAAUACCUACGUGUCUGGUUAGACUGUAAACUCUCCUUCCAGACUCACAUUAAGCAUCUCCAAAAUUAAAUCUAGAAUCGGCUUCCUAUAUUGCAACAAAGCAUCCUUCACUCAUUCUUAUAUAUUCUGCCAAACAUACCCUCGUAAAACUGACUAUCCUACCAAUCCUUGACUUUGGCGAUGUAAUUUACAAAAUAGCCUCCAACACUCUACUCAGCAAAUUGGAUGCAGUCUAUCACAGUGCCAUCCGUUUUGUCACCAAAGCCCCAUUUACUACCCACCACUGCUACCUGUAUGCUCUCGUUGGCUUGGCCUCUCUUCAUAUUCGUUGCUAAUCCCACUGGCUCCAGCUCAUCUAUAAGUCUUUGCUUGGUAAAGCCCCACCUUAUCUCAGCUCACUGGUCGUCAUAGCAGCAGCCCCCCCCCCCCAUAGCACGCGCUCCAGCAGGUAUAUUUCCCUGGUCACCCCCAAAGCCAAUUCCUACUUUGGCCUCCUUUCCUUCCAGUUCUCUGCUGCCAAUGACUGGAACGAACUGCAAAAAUCACUGAAGCUGGAGACUCAUAUCCCCCUCACUAACUUUAAGCAUCAGUUGUCAGAGCAGCUUACAGACCAUUGCACCUGUACAUAGCCCAUCUGUGAAUAGCCCACCCAACUACCUCAUCCCCAUAUUGUUAAUUUUUUUUGCUCCUUUGCACCCCAGUAUCUCUACUUGCACAUUCAUCUUCUGCACAUCUAUCACUCCAGUGUUUAAUUGCUAAAUUGUAAUUUAUUUUGCCACUAUGGCCUAUUUAUUGCCUUACCUCCCUAAUCUUACUUAAUUUGCACACACUGUAUAUAGACUUUUCUAUUGUGUUAUUGACUGUACGUUUGUUUAUUCCAUGUGUAACUCUGUGUUGUUGUUUGUGUCGCACUGUUUUGCUUUAUCUUGGCCAGGUCGCAGUUGUAAAUGAGAACUUGUUCUCAACUGGCCUACCUGGUUAAAUAAAGGUGUAAUAAAAAAAAAAGUAUAAUAAUAUAUAAUACAUAUAUAUAAGAACCAAAAACGAUAAUGGAGCAUUUGAAUAGUAGAUAAAAUUUGAAUAGACACAACGUUUAAACAUAGUGCAUGCGUGUAGCAGUGUUAUGAAGUACCAAAGUAAACUUAAAUUCACAUCACCUGUUGAAUAUUUUUGCAUAAAGCAUGAAUAUCCAGGCUGUGUUCUGUGUACAGUAUAAGUUUAACCUUCUCAUGGAACUAGGCUUGACAGACAUAAACUAUAUGCUGCUUACAAUCCCCUUUGCCCAUUCAAGUGUUUUGUGACCGUGUUUGCUUACAAGUAUACCUAAUGUAAAUAUAUCGUAGUUCAUGUACAGAAUAUUAUGUGAUCUGUCUUCCUCCUGAUUUUCUUUCUAUAAUGAUUCUGUAAAUGUAUAUCUAUGUUAUUCCUUACCUGCUUGUGUUGGUCAAAACCUAUUUGUAAAUUUGCCCAUUUGUUUUAUAUAUCUUAUCUUAGAAAUCAAAUAAAGAUAUAUUAUUAAGACUUA